AAAUGGAUAUGAAAUAAAUAAGGCAAAAUCUACUGAAGGUGUCCCGCAACUUCAUUUUAUCCGAUACUUGCGCUAUUAUGGCAAGAAUUUUGAACGUUGGCUUUUGCACUUUGCAAUCGGAGUUAUCGGGUAAGACAGUCCUCAAUCAAGGUAUAAAGGAAUGGUGAUGCAUCUGCCAUUGCAUCUACUUCACUUCAACAUCAACGUCUUGUUAAACAAAUAGACAUCAUGGCAGCAGCAGCAAAGAAACUCGUUCUGAUCACAGGCGCCAACAGCGGGAUUGGAUUUGAGCUUGCUGCCCAACUCAUGUCCAAGGGAACUUACCACGUCUUCCUCGGAGCUCGAUCCCCAGAAAAAGGCAAUGCCGCUCUCAAGGAUCUCCAAUCUCGAAAUCUCCCAGGAUCUGCCGAGUUCAUCCACAUCGACGCAACAGAUGACAAGACAAUCUCCAACGCAGCCUCGUCCGUGAAAGACAGCCAUGGAAAGCUCGACAUUCUCGUAAAUAACGCUGCUGUCGCUGUCGUACCCGGCUCCUCUAGGCAGCAGCUAAACACAUCUUUCGACACGAAUGCCACCGGCCCGUGGGUAAUCGGCGAGACAUUCCUGCCUCUACUCAAGAACUCCACGUCCCCUUCCCGCCGCGUGAUCAACAUAUCAAGUGGCGCGGGCUCCAUCAACAGGCGUCUCGAUUCCUCGUCGCCAAUCUACAAGAUGCAAGAGGUUCAGUAUCGUGCUAGCAAGGCUGCACUCAACAUGGUCACCGCGUGCCAGUUCGUCGAGUUUGGGGAGUUUGGAAUCAAGGUGUUUGCGUAUGAUCCGGGGUUCACGGUUUCUAAUCUGGGACCCUAUAACACGAAGGAGAAGGGGGCGAGGAGCGCAGAGGAGAGCGUGAGGCCGCUCGUGGAUGUUUUGGAGGGGAAGAGGGAUGAUGAGGCGGGGAGGUUCUUGCAUAAUACUGGAGAUUAUCCUUGGUAGACAUGGCUUAAAUUGAGGAAUUGUUAUUUAUAUGAAUGCAAUGAAAUGAAAAUGGAACAGUCUAUAGUCUUAUGUAUUGAGCUUACUCAGUCAUAGUGAACAAAUGAUCAAGAUAGCCUUGAAUGCAAUAUGCUCUCUGGG